GAGGGCCAGGAGGGAGACAUGCAGCUGGAGCUGGACUCCGUCAUCGGCUUCAAUGGCCACGUGCCCUCUGGGCUGAUCUCUCACCCGGACAGGGAGCACCUCGUCUACCCCUUAGGAUGCACCGUCGUGAUUGAGAGUCUCAGCAAACACAAGCAGCACUUUCUCCACGGCCACACCAACAACGUCUCCUGCGUGGCCGUCUCCAAAAACGGACGGUACCUGGCAUCGGGGCAAGUCACCUACAUGGGAUUCAAGGCGGACAUUUUGUUGUGGGAUUAUGCUAAGAAAGAGUCAUGCGGAAAACUGACCCUGCACAAGGUGAAGGUGGAGGCCCUGGAAUUCUCACCAAACGAUCAAUACCUGGUGUCACUGGGAGGGCAGGAUGAUGGCAGCGUCAUCCUAUGGAAUGUGUUAACCAGAGAGCCUAUCUGCGGGAGCCCAGCG